GGCGGCUUAGUUUGGAUUUUAAGAGAAAGGAACUAGGGUUCUUGUUUCUCGCUAUCUGAGUUCAAAAUCAAGGGAGAAUUGAAAACUGAGUAAAGACGAUUCAGAGAAAUAUGGAUUCGUUUUCUUCAUCAUCAUCUUCCGGAUCAUCGCAUCAACCAUCGACGGAGGAUAUCAUGAAUCAGCUCAAAACUCAGCUUGCUCAGGCCUAUGCUGAGGAGUUCCUUGAGACUGUUAGAGGGAAAUGCUUUGAUAGGUGCAUUACAAAACCGGGAAGUAGCUUGAGUGGUGGCGAAAGCAGCUGUGUAUCCAGAUGCGUCGAACGAUACAUUGAAGCCACGGGUAUUGUGAGCAGGGCACUUUUUAACUCUGGCCGUUGAAAGUUUGCAAACAAACAAAGCCCAAAAAAUAAUAUAUUGAUUGAUUUGAUCUUUCAUAAUAACACCACUUUUUCAAGGUUAAGAACUUUUGAAGAUGGCCUUUGUUGGCUUGGCUGGCUACUUUGAUCAAUUGUUGAGAAAUUUUGCAUUUUGUUUAGUAUAAUUUCUUUGGAGAGAUUUAUCUGAAUAUAAUUAAUUAUUAAUGUUUGGAAUU